AUGGCCUCCGCUAGCAUCGACAUCGAGGACGCGACCCAGCACCUGCGCGACAUCCUCAAGCUGGAUCGGCCGGGCGGGUCAGUGAAUGAAAACCAGAGAACAUCCAGUUCAUAUAAUGGUGACCUGAAUGGCCUUCUGGUGCCAGAUCCCACCGCAGCUGGAGAUGGCUCAUCCUCAACUAAGCCUGUUCCACAAACUGUUCCUCUUGGAGCACUACAGGAGAAGCAAGUUAUCUGCCUCUCUGGAGAUGAUAAUUCCACCUGUAUGGUGAUUGUUGCUAAAGAUGUUGAAAUAGUGGCCAGCAGCGAUUCUAGCAUCACCAGUAAAGCAAGAGGAAGCAAUAAGGUUAAAAUCCAGCCAGUAGCCAGAUAUGACUGGGAGCAGAAAUAUUACUAUGGCAACCUCAUUGCUGUCUCAAAUGCCUACCUGGCCUAUGCUAUUCGAGGUGCCAGCAGUGGUUCUGCCAUGGUGCGGGUGCUGAGUGUCAGCACGGCUGAGCGGACGCUUCUGAAAGGCUUCACGGGUGGCGUGGCAGAUCUGGCUUUUGCUCACCUUAACUCCAACCAGUUGGCCUGCCUGGAUGAAGCUGGCAAUGUCUUUGUCUGGUGUCUGUCUAUGGAGAAUGGAAAAAUCCAAGAAGAGAUCUUGGUGAACAUCAAGCGGCCCGAUGGGACUCCUCUGAACAGCUUUCGGAGGAUAAUAUGGUGUCCCUUCAUCCCAGAUGAGAACGAGGAGACCUGCGAAGAAGGCAGCCAGACUCUGGCGUUGUUGCAUGAGGAUCGGGCUGAAGUCUGCGACCUUGACAUCAUCCGAGCCAACCACAGUUCAUGGCCAGUGGAAGUAACCAACAUCAAAGAAGGCUACAUUGUGGUGAAGGGUCAUAGCACGCGCCUGAGUGAGGGAGCGCUUUCUCCUGAUGGAACUGUCUUGGCGACAGCAAGCCAUGAUGGCUAUGUCAAAUUCUGGCAGAUUUACAUAGAUGGACAAGAUGAGCCAAGUCGGUGCCUCCACGAAUGGAAACCUCACGAGGGCAGGCCUCUUUCCUGUUUGCUGUUCUGUGACAACCAUAAAAAACAAGACCCAGAGGUUCCAUUUUGGAGGUUUCUCAUCACCGGAGCAGAUCAGAAUCAAGAACUGAAGAUGUGGUGUACCGUCUCGUGGACUUGCCUCCAGACUAUCCAGUUUUCUCCAGAUAUAUUUAGCUCUGUGAGCGUUCCUCCCAGUCUGAAGGUCUGCCUGGAUCUCUCAGCCGAGUAUCUGAUUUUGAGCGAUGUGCAGAGAAAGGUCUUAUAUGUGAUGGAACUUGUCCAGAACCAAGAAGAAGGCAAAGCUUACUUCAGCUCCAUCUCAGAGUUCCUGUUGACUCAUCCAGUUCUGAGCUUCGGCAUCCAAAUGGUCAGCCGCUGCCGACUGAGGCACACAGAGGUCCUCUCGGCAGAAGAGGAGAGCGAUGGCAUCAGCGCUGAAGGCGCUCAAGGUUCUGGCGCUUCAGGAUCGGCAGCAGGGGUGCUGAUCAAGCUCUUCUGUGUCCACACCAAGGCCCUUCAAGAUGUCCAGAUAAGGUUCCAGCCCCUCCACAGUCCAGAUACGGCCACUCCUGUCCCUCCCCAUGGUUCCCGUGAAGACUUUGCAUUCCCCGAUCACCUGGCUGACAUAGGCAUGGAAGGGCGGGCCUCUGAGAAGGGAUCCAUCCACGGCUCCCAGCCAGACUUGCGACGCAUUUCGGAACUGUCGAUGCCCGUGGACUUCCUCCCGCCAUCUAAUGACACCAAACCCAAACUUAUGACUCCAGACGCCUUCAUGACUCCCAGCACGUCCCUGCAGCAGAUCACAGGGUCUCCAGGAAGCAGCAUUAGUUCCCUCACUGCAGUGACCACCAUGAGCAGUACCUCAGUCGGCGAUCCUCCCCUUCCCAGGCCAUCGGAGGACAUGUCCCUAAGCCCAAAGAUGCAGCUGGACGCCAAUCUCGCCCUGAGUGGCAGCAGUGGAAGUCUCCAGGCAAGCCCGCGGAAUCACUCGGUGCUGCUCCCCGGCCUUCCUGAGAAGCUGACCCCAAAGGUCCCCAUCCCGGUUUCCCCAGGGAACCCCCCUCCUUUGGCCCUGGCGCAAGAGGAAGUGGAGCCUCUGUUGGUGCCCCAGUCCUCCCCGACUCGUGAGCGCUCCCCGGAUGUCAUCUCCUCAGCCUCCACCGCCAUGUCCCAAGACAUCCCUGAAAUCGCCUCCGAGACCCUGCAGCGCAGCUUCGGGGCAGCCCCAUCCGGCCUCCCGGUUGAAAUUCUGGACUCCAACCAUCACACGGACAGCAUGGCUUCGGCCGCCUCGGCUCUCCACUUGCUCUCUCCACGCAACCGUCACAGCUCCGAGCCCAGCCAUCACUCCUUGGACAUGGCCCCCAACGAGGUGGACAUGCUGACCGGCCCCUCGCUGCUGGAGACAGCCUUACCUCAGGAAAACGUGGCGCUGGAGAGUGGGGUGAGCCAGCCGUGGCCGGCUGCUCCGGACAUCACCAGGGAGACCAGGAACAGCAUGGCAGACAGCCCCAGGAAUGAAGUGGAAGAGAAGCAUAAGAGCUCCUGUCACAGGCACAGCUACCGCCUGCUGCAGCACGACAGUCAAGAUGCGAGCGCCGAGCAGAGCGAUCACGACGAUGAAGUUGCGAGCUUGGCUGCCACCUCCGGCGGGUUCACCACCAAAGUGACUGUCCAGCGGCUGCCCGCGAAGGACUGGAAAGCCAAAGUGUCUCCUCGGGCGUCCCCAAAACUGAAGAGGAAGGGGAAGAAAGACGACAGGGAUGCGACACAGUCCCCGGGGUCCUUUGAUCAGCAGAGUGCUCCCGGGUACCAGGAGGAGCUGAUGUCCCUGCUCAGGACUCAGCAAAGGGAGAUUGCUGAACUGAGACAAAAUCAGAUGGAGCUGAUGCAGAGGCUGGCAGAUCACCUGGAUGCCGUCCAGAGCUCUCUUAUGGGUCACAUCGAGCGGGUGGUCGACUCCCAGCACGAGCAGGAACAGCGGAGGCUGGAACAGGCUCUGGCGGAAGGUCAGCAGCGCAGCGGUCAGCUGCAAGAGCACCUGUCCCAACAGCUCUCCCAGUCCCUCUCCACGGCUGCCUGCAAUCGACUGGAGAGGACCAUCCGCGAGGAGAUGAAAAAGACCGUUCCCCCGUGUGUAUCUAAGAGCUUGGAUCCCAUCACUGGACAGCUGAGUAACACUAUUGCAAAUAAGCUAACAGCCAUCGAAGGGACACUGAAGGAGAACAUUGCCAAAUUGGUGAAAUCAAAGAACCUUACCGACACCAUCGCCCGGUCAGCCACCGAUACCUUACAGGUGCCCAUGCAGACAGCAUUUCGGGAGGCCUUUCAAAGUAUAGUUCUACCUGCUUUUGAAAAGAGCUGCCAGUCGAUGUUCCAGCAAAUCAACGACACCUUCAAACAAGGCACGCAAGAAUAUAUUCUUCAGUUGGAGGCUCAGUUGAAGAAUAAGAAGAUGCGAGAACAAGAAGCCCGGGAUUCUCUCUUGGGCCAGCUCCGGCAGAUGGUCAACUCUUUCCAGAGCGCAACUGACCAAAUGGCAUCCACCAUCACAGCCAGCGUGCAUUCUGAGGUUCAGCAUCAGCUUCACGUCAUUGUGGGCAACAUGCAAGAGUCCAUCUUGGCUCAGGUACAGCGAGUCAUCAAGGGGGAGGUGAGCACGGCCAUGAAGGAGCAGCAGGCUGCUGUCACCUCCAGCAUCAUGCAGGCGAUGCGUUCAGCUGCAGGCACGCCCAUCCCUGCCACCCACCUAGACUUCCAGUCCCAGCAGGCUCACAUGCUGCAACUUUUGCAGCAGGGACACCUGAACCAAGCCUUCCAGCAGGCUCUCACUGCGGCGGAUUUGAACCUGGUCCUCUACGUCUGUGAGACCGUUGACGCUCAGCAAGUCUUCGGACAGCACCCUUGUCCUCUGUCCCAGCCAGUCCUUCUGUCUCUCAUCCAGCAGCUCUCUUCAGAUUUAGGCUCCCGGACAGAGCUCAAACUUAACUACCUGGAGGAGGCAGUGAUGCACCUCGACCACAGCGACCCCAUCACCCGCGACCACAUGGGCUCCGUCAUGAACCAGGUGCGGCAGAAACUCUUCCAGUUCCUGCAGGUGGAGCCUCACAACAAUGUGAGCAAGCCUGCCCGUCGCCUGAUGAUCAUGCUGCAAGGCCUGGUCACGUCCAGCAUGUCCUAACAGGGCUUUGACGGCUCUCGCUCAACGGCGCCUGUCCCAGCUAACCGACGGGUGGCUGCUUUUCUUUUCUCCAUUUGGCCCUUCUCCUCCUCCUUCUCCGAGAGCUCUUUGCUGACAAAACGCGUCCGCGUCAAGCAGGGUGGGAUGCAUCCUAACCCGGCGAGUUAGUCCCCUGCAGUUCCAAAUACUCUUCCCUUUC